AUGCAUCUGCUACCCAGGGAGCAGGACAAGCUCCUCCUCCACCAUGCCGGUACCCUCGCCCAAAAAAGGCUCGCUCGGGGCGUGAGGCUAAACCAGACUGAAGCCACCGCACUCAUUGCCACGGUGCUGCACGAAAGGAUCCGCGAUGGUCAACACACCGUCGCUCAGCUCAUGCAACAUGGCAAGACGCUCCUUGGUCGAUGCCACGUCCUCCCCGGCGUCGCCGAGCUACUCCACGAGGUCAUGGUCGAGGGCACCUUUCCCGACGGCUCGUUCCUCGUCACCGUUCACCAACCCAUCUGCACCCCCAGCGGCGAUGCUGCCGCCGCACUAUACGGCAGCUUCUUUCCCACACCAGAUCCCUCCCUCUUUCACACGAUGCCGGGCCUCGAUCAAGGCACGCCGGGCGCCCUGGUCGUCAAGCAGGGAGCUGGUCCGAUUCAGCUUUGUCCCGGCCGGUCCCGCGUCCAGGUCAAGGUCACCAAUACGGGUGAUCGCCCCAUCCAGGUCGGAUCACACUACCCUUUCCUGGAGACCAACGCCGCCCUGUCCUUCCCGCGCCUUCUCGCGCUUGGAAAGCGCCUCGACAUCGCCGCAGGCACUGCGGUUCGUUUCGAGCCCGGCGAUUCGCGUACCGUGACGCUCGUCGACAUCGGUGGCACGCGCAUCCUUGCCGGCGGAAACGACCUCGCAUCGGGGCCGCUCGAUGCCCUCACCACCCAAGAGGCUAUGGCGGCCAUCGAAAGCCGGAUCGAGGUUGCCGGCUAUGCCAACGAAAAAGGCCCCGAAAUGGUCGACGACCAGCCAAUUCCGCCUUUUGAACUGAGCCGCGACGCCUAUGCUGCCCUCUUUGGUCCAACCGUGGGCGACGCAGUGCGCCUUGGUGACUCGCCGCUCUGGAUUCAGGUAGAGCGCGACUUCGCAAAAUAUGGCGAUGAGCUCAAGUUUGGCGGUGGAAAGGUCAUCCGUGACGGCAUGGGACAGGCCUCGGGACGGGCCGACUCGCAGACGCUCGACGUCGUCAUCAUCAAUGCGCUCAUCGUCGAUUGGUGGGGCAUCGUCAAGGCCGACAUCGGGAUCCGGGAGGGCAUCAUUGUCGGAAUCGGCAAGGCAGGAAACCCGGGCAUCAUGGACGGCGUGGAUCCCAACAUGGUCAUUGGAUCCUGCACCGAGGUCAUUGCCGGCGAGAAAUUCAUCGUCACCGCAGGUGCGAUCGAUGCACACGUCCACUACAUCUGUCCCGGCCUGCAUGAAGAGGCGUUGGCGAGCGGCAUCACGACCUUGAUUGGAGGAGGUACGGGUCCAUCGGCCGGAAGUUGCGCGACCACCUGCACACCUGGCCUUGACCAGAUCCGUACGAUGCUACGAUCGACCGACAACGUACCGCUCAACUUCGCCUUCACCGGCAAGGGCAACGAUUCAGGCCUGCCCGGCCUCGAGGAUCAGGUCAAGGCGGGCUGUGCGGGCCUCAAGAUUCACGAGGACUGGGGUGCCACACCUGCCGUCAUCGACGCCUGCCUGACGGUCUGCGACAAGUACGACGUACAGUGCAACAUCCACACCGACACGCUCAACGAAUCAUGUUUCGUCGAAGGCACCAUUGGCGCGUUCAAGGGCCGCACCAUCCACACCUACCACUCGGAGGGAGCCGGCGGCGGGCACGCGCCAGACAUUAUCAGAGUGUGCGGUGAAGCCAACGUUUUGCCCAGCUCGACGAACCCUACGCGGCCGUACGCCAAAAACACGCUCGACGAGCACAUGGACAUGCUGAUGGUCUGCCACCACCUGAGCAAGGAUAUCGCCGAAGACGUUGCGUUUGCCGACUCGCGCAUCCGUGCCGAGACGGUGGCGGCGGAAGACGUCCUGCAAGAUAGUGGAGCGGUCAGCAUGAUUUCAAGCGAUAGCCAGGCCAUGGGCAGGAUCGGCGAGGUGGUGGCCAGAUCCUGGAGGACAGCGGCAAAGAUGCGCGGGCUGAACGGCCCGCUCAGAGAGGAGGAUCUGCCCGAUGGCGGAGAUGCAGACUUGCGGGACAACGAGAGAGUCAAGCGAUACGUGGCGAAGUACACCAUCAACCCCGCCAUUGUUCACGGCAUCUCGCACAUGGUCGGGUCGAUCGAGGUCGGCAAGCUAGCGGACUUGGUCUUCUACCUCCCGUCCAACUUCGGGACCCGGCCAGAGUUUGUUCUCAAGGGCGGCCAGAUUGCGUGGGCGCAGAUGGGCGAUGCGAAUGCUUCGAUCCCCACGGUCCAGCCCAUCUAUGGUCGGCCGAUGCACGGCGCAAAUGCGGGGGCGGCUGCUUGGAACAGUAGGGUGUUCGUCAGCGCCAUCAGCAUUCAAAACGGUACUAUCGCGAGUUACGGGCUCAGGAAAAAGGCGGAAGCCGUCAAGGGUUGCCGAUCCAUCUCAAAGAGGGACAUGAAGCUCAACAACAAGAUGCCUUCGAUCUCGGUCGACCCGGAAACGUACGACGUCCUCGCAGAUGGCAAGCUCUGCACCGUUCCCCCCGCCGACACGCUGCCUAUGACCCAGUCGCAGGCUCUGUUCUGA